AUGAAUUUCAGAGUUCCAACGGCACAAGAGUCGGAGGGCAUGCGACAAUUUGUUAUCACCCCAGAGGUCGACAUUAAGCGAAUGUCGAAGGAGACUCGCAGUAGGACGACCCAACCACCAAGACGCGUUAUUGGUGACCUCGUACAAAUGUUUCACCCAUCUUCGCCUCGCCGAUUCCUGCCUCCUUCUCCCGCCGAUACUCCCAUGUCCAUCUUUUCUGAAGUCCCCGAUAGGAGCAUGAACAGGUUCAAGCGCUUUGUACAUCGUCAGGAUGAUUGUACCGCCCUCUUCUUCGUCGACGGCGCGUGCCUUGAUAACGGAAAUGCUGAGCGCCGCCGCGCGGGAUGCGGUAUCAUAUGGAACGAAGGCCUCGGCUUCUCCAUCGCUCUCGAAGGCACGAUUGGAGGCCCCGAGCAGACAAAUAACCGCGCUGAGCUUCGCGCCGUUAUUCUAUGGAUCCAGUUACGUCUUUGGGAGGCAGGUGGUUUUGACAGGAUGGUGGUCGCCACAGAUAGCGAAUACGUCGUCGAAGGUAUCUGCGGUAGAGUGGAUAAUUGGAAGCAGCGGGGCUGGCGAACCUCUGCCGGUACCCCUGUCGCACAUAAGGAUCUGUGGGAGAUGCUCCUUGUGGAACUGGACAAGGCGGAACGAGCCGAGAUUCAGAUACUGUUUUGGAGGAUUCCAAGGGAGUUGAACAGUAGGCCAGAUGCAUUAGCUAAAGCUGGAGCUGAGUCUGAUCGACUAGAGACAUUUGCAACGGUCAGCGGCCUGAUGUUGUGA